AUGAAUCGUCCGGCGGAAGAACCUGCACAUGUCAGCCUUUUCCCUUUGCCACCAUGGCAACUGAUUAAUAAGUAUUCUGAUGCCGAAGUAGCAGCUGGUACCGCGCCACCUCCACCCCAAAUUCCUGCCUCUACAUCAUUUCGCAUGUUUGGAACCCUUUUUAAUACGGACGACCCUGUUUUAAAACCACUGGAAUCCGAUGGAAUGCGCCGUGUUUAUCCACAGACCUACAACCGCAAGUUGGAAUUGAAAAAAUUGAACUUUUCCAUAUUGGCAAACUACUUGGACCUGUUGGAUGUUAUCACUCGCGACCCCAGCUCACCUAGAAGGACAGAGAAGCUUGAACAUCUCGGUAUACUGUUCGUCAAUAUGCAUCACAUCCUAAACGAAUACCACCCCCAUCAAGCUCGCGACCUGGAGAUGCUGCGUUAUCAGGUUGAUAUUGCUCGCGAGACCGUCCGCAGGGGUAGAGAAUAUUUUGCACGAGCCGAUGAGACCCUCCGCACAGCGGCUCAGCAGCUAGUCGUUCCCGGACCCUCUUCCGCUAGCAAGUCCUCAUCGUCGACUUCCCCAUCCUUUGCCGACUUGGGCGACCUCUACGUCUACGUCGAUGCCGAGGAAAAUAUAACGGAUGUCACGACAACUGUCCAAAUUUCCAUUGGCACCGAUGAAGCGCCCUGCAAGGCACCCAAUUUCUGUUGGCAACUUGUCAGCCGCCGACAAUACGCUAUCAUAGGCGGCCGACUGACGGGGGAAAAUGCAGCUGCCAUCUUCUACCCCGUGGACAGGCGCCGGCAACCCGUCGCUCUCGUGUACAAAAAGAUGGCCGGAGUGGGCGGUGGUGAGCUGUUUUGCGAUGCUUGCCUUAACAACGCUAGAAAAGUGUAG